UUCUGGGGUCUGAGAAACGCCCUCCCGAGAAAGCACCUGUUCCUUUUAGAAGACGCAGGGAUUCUUCCACCCAGCUCUCGACAAGCCCCUUUCUGCCCUCGCUCUGGGAGGGAACUGAGGAGCGCGGUUUAGGGGACCCUGCCGCGGGGAUCCGCCGCAGGAGGGACGGCAGGGAGGCACGGCCGUGCCCCGGGGGGAUCGAUCUCCGUGCCCCGGGGGAAUCGAUCUCCGUGCCCUCCCAGCCCCGCCGCAUCUCCCGCUGCGGGGACGCCCCGGCUGCGCCCGCUCGCCGCAGAGCUCCUCCCUCCGCUUCGGUCCGUCCACCCGGAUUUCAUUUAUUUAUUUAUUUAUUUAUUUAUUUAUUUUCUUUUUAACCUGCAAGUUGGUUUUUCGUCUGUUUGUUUCCCAUCUAUUUGCAAGUACAGGAGCAGAGCCCGGUGCCUCCCCACAAUUCCCGCCGGGAGAGAGGCGCUCCGAGGGUGCCGCCGGCUCCCGGCGCUCCGCAUCCCGGAGCGGGCGGGCCAGCCCGGCUUGCGGAGGUACCUUGGGGUGUGGUGGGGCCGGCAUGCCCGCACCGAGCCGGGCUGAGGUGAGGGGCUGGGCGGCUGCCGCCCCGGCAACACGGCGGGGCUGUCGCUCUGCCUCUCCGAGGUUAUUUUGGGGGGGACAGUUCGGUGUUUUCUCGCAAAUCACGCUCAUGGUGUGAAGCUUUCUCAUCCGGGACGGCAGUGAGAUGGGGGAAAGCUUCACCCGCAAUUUUGUGUCCAUGUGCUUGUUUUUACUUAAUUUCUCCUCCGAAGGGAGGCGUGUGAAACCUCCUCGCGGGUUUUCACCAUGGCGUUUGAAGUGCUGUGGAGGUUGGGGUUUAGUGCUAUGGGAUUUAUUUUAUGGGGUGGUUUUUUUGUUUGUUUCAGAGUUUUAUGGUUUUUUGUUGUUAUUGUUUUUGGUUGUUUCGUUGUUGUUGUUGUUUUUUCCCCCCCACAGCACUUGAAACAUUCACCUGUGGACCUCCUGUGAAAUAAGUGGUAACGCGUUUGCAUCUCUCAGGUUACAGCGUAAAGAAAGGUGCAUGCUUACCCACCCUGUGAACAAACAGAAGCCUGCAUCUCUUGUAGACACCGACCUUGCAUCUGUGGCAGAAGCCCCCAGCUGCCCUCAGUGGGGCAGCCUCGCUCAAGAUGCUCACCACAACCCCGAGUGUUGUUGCCCAAGUGUUCCUUCUUCUAAGCAUAGUCCUUGUUAUUGCUAUUGCAGUGAUUCAGAUAAAUCAGCAACAGAUCCUCUCCCCAGGUCUUAAGUAUGGAAUAGUUCUUGAUGCUGGAUCCUCUCGGACUACAGUCUAUGUCUAUGAGUGGCCGGCAGAAAAAGAAAACAACACGGGAGUAGUGAGCCAAACCUUCAAGUGCAAUGUGAAAGGCCCUGGCAUAUCCAGCUAUGAGAGUAGCCCUGGAGCUCUUGCCAAGCCUCUUGAUGACUGUCUGAAUAAAGUGAAGGAGAGAAUACCAGUUCAUCUGCAUAAAAACACUUCUGUUUAUCUGGGGGCUACAGCUGGCAUGAGACUGCUGAGGUUGCAAAAUGAAUCGGCAGCCAAUGAAGUCCUUGCAAGCAUUCAAAGCUACUUCAGAGCACAACCUUUUGAAUUUAGGGGUGCGCAGAUCAUAACUGGGCCAGAGGAAGGGGUGUAUGGAUGGAUAACGGCCAACUAUUUAAUGGGCAAUUUCUUAGAGAGAAACCUUUGGAGGACAUGGGCCCAUCCUUAUGGAAAAGAGACUAUGGGUGCACUGGACCUUGGAGGAGCUUCCACUCAAAUUUCAUUUAUCCCCGAGGACCCCGAGGAGCACCUCAACAGCACCUUGCAAGUGAAGUUGUAUGGUUACAACUACAAUGUCUACACUCACAGCUACCAGUGCUAUGGCAGAGAUGAAGCUGAGAAAAGGCUUUUAGCAUUGCUGCUCCAGAAAUCAAACACCAGUGCCAAUGUGGAUAAUCCCUGUUACCCUCAAAAUUAUAACACAGCAUUAACGAUGAAGGACUUCUUUGGCAGCCUUUGUACACAGUCUCUGAGACCAGCAAAUUACUCCCCAAACCAGCUUGUGAAUUUCCAUGGAACAGGAGACCCAGGUCUGUGCCAGGAGAUGGUUUCUUUAUUGUUUAACUUCACUGCUUGCAGAGACAGAGAGGACUGCCCAUUUAGUGGAAUACAUCAGCCAAAACCUAAAGGGAACUUUGUGGCUUUCUCUGGAUUCUACUAUACAAUUAAUGCUUUGAAUUUAUCUGGGCAAUUUUCCCUAGAUGACUUCAAUUCAAGUAUGUGGUUUUUCUGUUCACAGAGCUGGACACAGCUCCAGUUUAUGCUGCCUAAAUUUGAAGAAAUAUAUGCUAGAUCCUACUGUUUCUCAGCCAAUUUCAUUUAUUACUUGCUUGUACAUGGUUACAACUUCAAUUCAGAAACUUGGCCACAGAUACAUUUCCAAAAGGAGGUUGGUAACAGCAGCAUAGCGUGGUCACUCGGUUACAUGCUAAGCCUCACAAACAUGAUUCCAGCAGAAGGGAAGCUGAUCCAGCUACCUCUGAAACCCCCUCUGUUUGCUGGGCUCCUGGUGUUCCUCACAGCCACGGCGCUGCUGUGUCUCCUCUUCCUCGUCUACUUGUGCGUCGUGUCGCACCAUCGGAAGGACGUCCCUCGCGUUGAACACGUGUUUAUUCCAGAAUGAAUGAGCUUGGCUGGACACCAAACAAAAAUGUUACAGUGCAACUCAGCAGAACUUUGUUUUGCCCCCCAUUUUUCAAAAAUAAAGAGAGCAAAAAUGACUUCUGGACCAGAAGCAUAAAUAGAGGAGAGGCACAAAGGGAUCUGUGAUAUGGUGAAUUGGAGUGCUUUUGAAAUAUUUUGGUAAUUGUUUCUGUAAACCUAAUUUGUCCACUGCGCAGCAGAGAAAACAUGGGCAUGUAUGUCACUUUGCUUUAUAAGGGAUUACUUGCAUUUUCCUGACAGGUAUGUAUUAUUUUUUUGGUUCAUUAACUCUGUGCUAACUGCUGAGCUCAAGAAGUGAUGGAUUUGAUCACAGUGGCAGUUGUUUAAGACAAAAUUAAACAAGCCAAUAGCAACUGUGGGAGGUGGGAACACGGUAGCUGUCCUUGUGUGCAGUGCUGACACUAAAAGCCCUGAAGUAAUCUAAUUUCUGAAACUAGAACAAGCACUGGAUAAUGACAAGAAGUGAAAGGAAGAGCUGUGAUAGAAUUGUUUUUAUUGCAGUUCCAAAUGGAUUGAUCCCCAUCACAAGAAGGUGUAAUAAACUGUCAACACCUCUCAGGACUUUUGAGCCUGUCUCUAAACAGAGCUAGAUAUUUUGGUACCAUAGAGACCCAAAAACACCUCUGGUCUGGUACAUAAGACUUGCUUUGGAGGUGGAACGAAAUGCUUUCACACUUUAGUAACUGAACCUAAAUUUAAAUCUCUCAUAGUUGCCUUCAGAAGACACUAGAGUUUUCAGUGUCCUUUUCUAACUUUCACAGAAACGCUUUUUGUAGUUUUUCACACUGAAACCCUGACCUGCACACCCCACACGUUGUUGGUCUCAGGCAGUGGCAGUCUGUACUGAUUUGAUACAUAUGCAUUAUUUCAGCUGUCUGGACAGAGUCUCAGACCUGAACCAUCCAUUAACAUGUUAAGCCCCUCUUUCAAGGCCAAGAGGAACAGGAGCCAGUCUCCAGGCCAGCAAAACACCUCUUUCUGAGUGGGUCCAGGAAUGUACUGCUGGAGCUGCAGUCACGGGUGCCCUGGUCAGCCUCUGCACUGUCUUGCAGCAGCACUGAUCCCCCUGGCAGAUGCUGCUGUCCAACAUUCUGAUCCAGAGCUCUCCAGAAAGUGCAACAAAUGCUGGCUUCCUUGAAAGCCCAGCCAUUCUUCACCAAACCUCACGCUCACUUACAUCAUAGGACUCUCUCUGCUUCAUCUGUUCCUAGCAUUAUUUACCCAUAAAUAAUGUUUUUAAUUUCAGUCUUUUGUUUCUGUAUCACCUUCUUACUUCUGUUUGGUUGUGGGGUUGGGGUUUUGUUUUCUUUUGUGAUUUUUUUUAAUAGGCUGACAGAUGAUUUGAAGCGAGCUAAAUAUCUUUUUAAAUGAAAAAAAAGAAAAAAGUGAUUUUUCAAGCGGAUCAAUAGGGCUUUGUUCUUUCUCUAUUGAUAUACUGCUAUGUCUUGUCAGUCUUACUGGAGUAGCAAUAAGGUAAAAGGCAUCGUAAGAUGAUGAAGAGCUCUGUGGCACCAAAGCUAUAUCUGAUAAAGUGUAAAAUUUACUUCAGAGUGCAUGGACAUUACAGAGGCUGGCAUGAGAUAUUUUGUGUGAUGGAUCUGUAACUGCAGUUAUGGUGAAAAAACAUAGACAGCUGGAUAAGAGCAUUAAAAGGUUUUCUUUAGUUGCCAAAUUUCGGUGGAAAAUUGUAUUCUGGAAUAUUUACUUGCCCUACAAAACAUUUGCUUUUGAGUGGCAGGGCCAUUCAGAUGUGGUUUUACACAAAUGGAACACACUUGGAAGUUAGUCUCUGCAGAGCUGGCAGCUAAAGAGCAAAUAAAUUUGUUCAAGAACCAUUUGGACUUCCAGAUGUACUUGGAUAGGCCCAGUAUCUGUUCAAAGAAUCAAAUUCCCCUUGUGAAUCACCUGUUUUGUUUUUUUAGUACUUCCCUCUUGUCCUUAUGUAUUCAGUCUCCCUCGGUGUCACCAGGAUGCCCACCUGCUCCACUGUACCUCUCCGGCAGUUUCAGGUGGGAAAGCUGAGGGUGUUGAACUUCCAGCCAAGCAGCUUCAACCAGCACAGCCAACUCCUCCCCCAAGUGUGAGCUGGAACCAGAUCAACAGGCCAGAUCCCUGUCCUGCUGUCUAGAACUGAGAGGAUCUCUGGGAGAGACAGGGAAGUUGGCAACACUUUGGAAUGUUCCCAAACCAGAGGUUAUUUAUCCUUUUACACUCUUCAGUGCCUGCUUAUGAAGAUUAGUAAAAUUGUGAAAAGUUAAGGCAAGUGUACU